AUGGCUUGCAUUGGUGAAUUUGCUGUUGGAAUUGCAACUUCAAUUCUGGGGAAGUUGGCUGAGUAUACAGUGGCACCAGUGGGGCGGCAGUUGGGUUAUCUCCUUCACUACACUACCAACGUAAGCGACCUCCGAACUCAGUUAGAACAUUUGAACAGUGCUAGACAAAGAAUGCAACGCCGUGUCAAUGAAGCCUUGAAUAACUGUCAUGAAAUCGAGGCUGAUGUCCGAACAUGGCAGGACAAUGCUGAACAAAUCUCUUUAGAGGCCAACACAUUUCUUAACCCUGAAAGCCAUGCAAGGGCCUUGUGUUCUUGUGGAUCCCCUCAUCAUUUGGUGACGCGACACCAAUUGAGCAGGAAAGCAAAGAAGAUGUCAAUCAUCGUACGCGCAGUGGUCUCCAAGAAAAACGAAUUUGAUUCUGUACCAAUUUCGUAUCCUCGUCAGCCAGAAGGUUCCUCUGCAACACCAGCCAAAGGGUACCAGACUUUUGAUUCAAGGAGCAGAAUUUUGAAGAACAUAAUGGCAGCUGUGGGAGAUGGUAAUAGGAGGAGGAUAGGGUUGCAUGGAAUGGGUGGGGUUGGCAAAACUAUGCUUGCAGAUGAAAUUGGUAGACGAGCUCAAGAAGAGAAGCUGUUUAGUAAGGUGGUUAAAAUCACUAUUUCUCAAACACCUAAUACAAAAGAGAUUCAACAACACAUUGCUGAAAUGCUAGAUAUAACAAGUUUCAACCAAAUAGAAAGCACAAGCAAGAGAGCAGAGCUACUUCGAAUGCGAUUGAAGCAAGAAGAGGAGAGUGGGAUUUUAUUAAUCCUCGACGAUAUUUGGAAGGAACUUGAUCUGGAAGCUGUUGGAAUCCAUCAAGAGUGCAGGAUGCUACUAACCUCUAGAUCUCAACGUGUUUUAUGCAACUCAAUGGGCAUUGCUCAGAGUAAUGUGUUCUUGAUUGGAGCCUUAGAGUCAAGUGAAGCCAUAAAUUUGUUUAAGAGCAUCAUUGGAGACACUAAAGUUGAAAACAAUGAAGAUUACAAAGCUUUGGCACUUGAGAUUGUUGCUGAAUGUGGAGGCCUACCAAUUUCCAUUGCGACAGUGGCGCAUGCUUUGAAAUGCAAUAUGGAUAGCUUGUUCAUAUGGAAGGAUGCGUUGCAACGACUGAAGAAUUCGAACUUUACAGGGAUUGAGGAAAUGCAUGACAAAGUCUACUUGAGUAUUCGGUUGAGUUAUGAUUUUCUUGGAAAACAUGAGGAGGAGGCCAAAUCAUUGUUAUUGUUAUGUGCUUUACAUAAGGAAGAUGAAGAAAUAAAAGUGGAAGACCUGAUCAGAUACAGCAUGGGUUGGAACUUGCUUCAAGGAGUGAGAACAGUGAGUGAAGCAAGAAACAGGGUGAAUUCGUUGGUAGUUAAAUUGAAAUCUCAUUCUCUGCUGUUGGAUGGUUCAAGCAAACAUGAUGAAGUGAAGAUGCAUGAUGUCAUUCGUGAUGUUUGCCUAACUAUUGGAAAGGAAGAUGAUGAGCAUAGGAUGAUGAAUAACAUUACUAGUGUUGCUAUGUAUGAAAGACAUAAAGCAUCUAAGGCAAUUUCCUUUGUUGAUUAUGAUGAUUUUGGCAAUCUUCCUGGAAAUUUGGAAUGUCCUAGUUUAGAAUUACUUCUUCUAUCUACUCAAUCUUUGAAAUUGAUCCCGAAUGACUUUUUUGAACAAACUGGGAAGCUUAAAGCCUUGGGUAUAAUUGCUACACCCUUAACAUCACUACCUUUGUCUUUUCAUUUGCUUCAAAAUCUCCAAACAUUAUGUCUGCGCGACUCUUAUGUUGAAGACAUAGAGGUGAUUGGUGAGCUAAAGAAUUUAAAAGCUCUUGAUCUAUCCGGGUGUCAUUGCAUCAAGCGGUUGCCAAAAGAAAUAGGAGAAUUGCGGCGUUUGCAAGUGCUGGAUCUACGUGGAUGUGAUAAUUUAAGAGUGAUAGAGGCGAAUGUCAUUUCAAAUUUGACGCAGAUGGAAGAGCUCUAUCUUCCCGAUGAAUUUCAAGGAUGGGAUCAUACUAGUGAAGAAGGAAAAAUAACAAAUGAAAGAAGAAAUGCCAGUCUUGUUGAGAUAAAGAGUUUGCAACGACUCACAGCUUUAUAUUUAUAUGUACCAACGGUACAUGUUUUGCCAGAGGGGUUGCUUACAGAAAAGUUGGAGAGAUACAGAAUAUCUAUUGGCUGGCGUAUACAUAUAAAUGACUCAAAAUAUUCUGGAUAUGAAGGUUAUUCAAGCAGGUGGUUAAACCUAGAUCUCUCUCAAUUGGAUCAGAUAUAUGCGUCUGGACUUGAAUCGGUCAUGAAAGGGUCUGAAUAUUUAUCACUACAAGGAUUUGUGUGGGUCAACAAUGCUAUUCAUGAUCUUGGUGUUGAUGGUUUUCGUAGAUUAAAGCAAUUGAAUCUUCGUUGUAAUGAUGGGGUCAAAUAUAUCUUUAAUUCCAGGGAUAUCAUUCAACAUGAAGCCUUUCCUUGUUUGGAGUCACUAAACAUUGAAUAUUUAACAAGUUUGGAAAGGAUUAUAUGUCAUGGUAAUCAACUCCCAAGAGGCUCCUUCAAUGAAUUGAGAAAUGUAAAUGUGAGGAAUUGUGAUAGAUUAAAGAAUUUGUUUCCUCUGUCUGUCGCCAAACUACUUCAUCACAUUACAGUAUAUAAUUGUGAGAUGAUAAAAGAGAUAAUAGUCAGCCACGGCAGAGAAGAUGAUCAUAAGAUUGAGGAGUCUUUGCAACUACGCUCCUUGCAUCUGUAUUCUUUACCAAACAUUGUCCAAUUUUGUUGCUCCAAACAAACACCAACCGACGAGUCUUCAUCAUCAUCAUCAUCAUCAUCACCACUAAUAGAUCACUCAAAGCCUUUAUUUAGUGAAACGCUUUCUUUUUCCAACUUGGAAGAAUUGAGUGUGAGGAGCAUGAGUAUAAAAACUUUAUGGCCGGAACGACUUGUAUCAUCAUCAAGUUCUUACAUGCAAACAUUAACAAGCUUAAGAGUGGGAAGGUGCAAAAAUUUAAAGUAUCUAUUCUCUUUCUCUCUUGCUCAAAACUUUGUAAGCCUGACAACAUUAGAAGUUGACUAUUGUGAGGAAAUGGAAGACAUAGUAGGAGUGAAACUUGGAGAAGAAGAAACUCAUAUGGAAAGGAUUUUGUUCCCUAAAUUAGAAUCUCUUGAGCUUGUUAAGCUUUCAACCCUCCAAAGGUUUUGUGCAGCGAAUUCAUGUGUGGUAUUUCCACUCCUAUCAAGCCUAAGAUUAAAAGAAUGUCCAGAACUCAAGACAUUUGUUAGCUCUCCCACUACUAUUGACCACACAGAAGAGAAUCAAAUGCUUGAACCAACACAACUUUUCCUCCUUGAAAAGAUUGCAUUUCCCAACUUAAAAGUGUUAGUUGUUGGUAAUUGUAACAAUGUGAAGUAUCUGUUACCAUCUGCCAUGACUCGGAGUCUUUUACAACUUGAGCUUUUAAAGGUGGUUGAAUGUAAGAUCAUGGAAGAGGUAAUAGUAGUGAGUAGUGUUGAUGAUCAUGAAUGUUCAUCAGAAGGAAGCAAAACAACAAUAACAUUUGAAAAACUUGAAUAUCUUGGGCUUUGGAGUCUUCCAAACAUUGUAAAGUUUUAUGGAGGAGAUCGCAUUGAAUGUCCAUUAUUGUCUAGACUACAAAUCAUGGAGUGUCCUAAACUAAAGGAAUUUAUGGGUGGUUCUAAUAUUAUUGGUAAAGAAAUGGAUAUGGUGGGUUGCCCUAAACAAAGUCUCUUCAGACACAACAAGGUAAUUUUUCCUAUGGUAAAGGAAUUAAGGACAGACUGGAGUGAAGGAAUUAAGGAGAUAUUUGAGAUGAGUAAUUCAAUAAUAUUGUUUCCCAACCUUCUCGAACUUGAGUUAGAUUGUACAUCUGCUGGCGAUAAAGCAGCAAUUGGUGUACCAAAUUUGACGUUAUUCCUUCACAAAUAUCAUAAAAUUAAGAAACUUCAAUUGAGGGGCCCCUUUGUGAAUUUAAGUGGUGGUGAUGAAUUGAUUGACACUACUACUUCUACAUCUACUUCUUUGGAGCAACUAUGUAUUGAGGAUGCUGAUAUGCUUCAUUAUCUGUUUGGGGUGGAUCCACAUGAAAAUGCUCAACCAUCACAUAAUUAUAGGAUUGUUUUUCCACAUUUAAAAUAUGUGAGUGUUCAGAAGUGUAGGAGAUUGGAGAGCUUUGCACCCUCCUUUAUGUGUUUCCCCAACUUGGGAGGUCUGAGUGUAGUGGGAUGCCAUGGGCUGACUUAUUUAUUCUCUUCCUCAACAGCAGCCACUCUUGUACAAUUACAACAAAUGACCAUAGAGAAUUGCAAAGGGAUCAGGGAGAUUAUUACUAAUAAUACAGAGUACUAUGAGGAAGAAGAAGAUGACGAAGAGAGUAGUACGACUACUGAUGACUGCCUUGUUUUCCAGGAAUUAUGGAGACUAGAGCUUCGGAAUUUGCCAAAUCUCCAAAGCUUCUAUUCAGGAAAUAAAGUUAUGAGUUUCCCACAUUGGGAUCAAUUAUAUUUGAGUGAGUGCCCUAAGAUGAAGAGAUUUUCACAUGGGAUCAUAAAUACCUACGCUUCAUUGAAGACAUGGGUUGAUGGCCGACGAAUUUCGGAGAGAGAUGAUUCCGAUUCGGCAUUACAACAUUUAUUUGCUCAUCAAAUCGAUAAUGAUGAUGGUCAACACAACACUGCCAGUGCCAAGGCAGAUCAGCAGAGUAGAGAUGAGGCAAGUGUUUCUCUGGAAUUAAUUUAA